UGGGAGCCGGGCGGGCCAGGCUGGUCCUCCCGCCGCCGCGGAGUCUCCGCUGCUCACGCUGCCCGCCGCCGCUCCCGCGACUCCCGGCGGCGGCGCUCCUCCCGGACGCACGGCUCGGGCAUUUCCCACCGCGGCGCAGCUCCCCCGCCUCCCAGGCUCCCGCGGUGGCGCGGCUCAUGCCCCGGGGCGCAGGGCGCGCAGGUGGGCCGGCCGCCGCGGGGAGAUAGGCCCCCGGGGGGACGGCGGCGGGACCAUGGCCCGGAGACCCGGGGCGCCGGCCGGCUAUGGGGAGGAGUUCACCUUCGUCAGCCCGCUGGUGAAAUACCUGCUCUUCUUCUUCAACAUGCUCUUCUGGGUGAUUUCCAUGGUCAUGGUGGCUGUGGGAGUUUAUGCUCGGUUGAUGAAGCAUGCAGAAGCAGCCUUGGCCUGCCUGGCAGUGGACCCUGCCAUCCUGCUGAUCGUGGUGGGCGUUCUCAUGUUCCUGCUCACCUUCUGCGGCUGCAUUGGAUCCCUUCGUGAGAAUAUCUGCCUCCUACAGACAUUCUCCCUCUGCCUCACCAUCGUGUUCCUGCUACAGCUGGCUGCAGGGGUCCUGGGCUUCGUCUUCUCAGACAAGGCACGAGGGAAAGUGAGUGAGAUCAUCAAUAACGCCAUUGUGCACUACCGAGAUGACUUGGAUCUACAGAACCUCAUUGAUUUUGGCCAGAAGAAGUUCAGCUGCUGUGGAGGGAUUUCCUAUAGGGACUGGUCCCAGAACAUGUACUUCAACUGUUCAGAAGACAACCCCAGCCGUGAGCGCUGCUCUGUGCCUUACUCCUGUUGCUUGCCUACCCCGAACCAGGCAGUGAUCAACACCAUGUGUGGCCAAGGUAUGCAGGCCCUUGACUACUUGGAGGCUAGUAACGUCAUCUAUACCAAUGGCUGUAUUGACAAACUGGUCAACUGGAUACACAGCAACCUCUUCCUUCUUGGUGGUGUAGCCCUGGGCCUGGCCAUCCCCCAGCUGGUAGGAAUCCUGCUGUCCCAGAUCCUUGUGAAUCAGAUCAAAGAUCAGAUCAAGCUACAGUUGUACAACCAGCAGCACCGAGCUGACCCGUGGUACUGAGAAUCCAUCCUGCAUGUCCUCACUAUGGCGACAGGCAAGCGUCAUCAACCAAUAGCAGUGGGUAGAGCUCUCGGCACCAAAUGGAGAUUUGGAUUCCAGUUCCCCAGCAACAGCCCAGUGGGGAGAAGCCAGCUCCAGCCCAGCAGAAGUCAGAGUGCACGGGUGGCUCAAGUCUAGGAAGGCUGUCCAUCCUCUUCUCCUCCACCCUAGCCCUCGGCAUCGUUAGAGUUAUUUUGCAUUAUUUUUAACCAUACACAUUUGGGUUUAUGGUUUUUGCUUUUGUUUUAUUUUGUCUGGGCAGAGAUGUUUGGGAACAUCGGUUGCACAGAGUCUUGGGGGUCCUAGGUGUUGCUUUUCACCGAGGUGCUACAACCAGUGGUCCUACCAGGGCUGCUACUGAGCCUCCUGGACAUAAUCUGAUUCCAUCUGUUGCCAGCAAGACCUGGCUGGAGAGUGGACGCUAACAGCCCUACCUGGAGUCCAGUUGGUAUGAUACCAGCUCCAGAAGGGAAGGGAGUGGAACAGGCAGUGAGCUGGGGGUCGACUGGGGACAGUUGUAUGUGUUGGGUAGGAGUGGAAGGCGAUAUGUUUACUAAAUGCUGCCCUGCCAUCCUCCCAGGUAGUCAAAGUGAACUACAUCCUGCUCCUCCCUCAUUUCCAUGGAAACGUGGCAGCAAAGGCAAGGGGUACAACAGCAGCCAAAUUCAUCCCUCUCCCCCACUCCACCCCUUUUUAAAAUGUUUGGAACCACGGUCCUUAUACUCUGCAGCCAGCAGAGGUGGGACUGAGCCAUUUGUGUCCUUGAAUUCCUCCCCUCUGGCCCUCCCUCUCCAGCAAGUGGGGUUUCUUUAACCUUCCUUGGCAGUACGCUGAGGAGGCACGAUUAACAUCCCCCCGCCCCCGCCCCCAUUACCCUGCACCAAAGCUCAGUAUUUCUACAGUGUUAGAAGCAGGGAUCUUGCUGGGGCGGGGGAGCCAGAAGUGGCAAUAAAAGUUUGUUGACCUGCGCUAAAUUGGACUCCAUGAAUUUUCCAUUCUGGCAACUAGAAGGGGAGGGGUAGAAGGGCGCAGCGGGUGGGCCCUCCUUCCAGGUGGGGACUGGAGACUCCCCUAAACAUCACAAUGCCUCCCGGGCCCCAUCCCUCGCCCCAUCUCCCUCGCCCCAUCUCCCUCGACCAGAGAGACACUACUCCCUUCCCGCAACCCCACCCUCUCUGGUCUGAAUUAGGUCGAAAGGUUCCCAGUUCCGACCUGGGAAUGGCGUAGUGUUAUCCUAAAACCUGAUGUUAAUUUUUUCCCAAACGAAACUGAAUUAAAAUUGUCUACCCAAAACUUUGGGUGGUAAGAACA